AGGACCAGGCGAGGCCACGUGAAUUUCCUCUGCCCUCUCGGCGACCGUCGCUGUUUUCCUUAACGAGGAAGGAGACGACGGCACAAGACGUAACUUCACCGAAACACGACGGCGCCCGCUUUUGCUUCGGGCAUCUUUCUCUUUGCCUCAACGUCCCCUUUCCCCGAACAGAAUCCAAUUCCCUCGUCCAAAAAGAAGCAGGAAAAGGGAGCCAAAAGCAAGGCGAGAAAGAAACAGAGACAGAGACAGAAACAGGGGAGAGGGAAAGAAGAACGAAGAUGGGUCUCCUUUCCAACAGAGUAAAGAAGGAGAGCCUGGUACCAGGGGAUCAUAUCUACUCCUGGAGGACCGCUUAUAUUUAUGCCCAUCACGGUAUUUACAUUGGCGAUAAUAAAGUCGUGCACUUCACGAGACAGGGACAAGAAGUAGGAACCGGUACUGUCUUUGACCUUUUAUUAGCAAGUUCUGGACCAGCCCGGUCUCGAGUGCCUUGCCCAACCUGCACUCCUCCCGAAGAUGAUCACGGGGUGGUCGCGUCAUGCCUGGACUGCUUUCUCUCAGGGGGCAUCCUGUACCGAUUUGAGUACUCCGUGAGCCCUGCACACUUCCUUGCCAAGGCACGUGGUGGCACCUGCACCCUCGCUGUUGCCGAUCCAGACGAGAUCGUGGUUCACAGGGCAAAGUAUCUGCUUGAAAACGGCUUCGGCUGCUACAACGUGUUCAAGAACAACUGUGAGGAUUUCACCAUCUACUGCAAGACUGGCCUCCUGGUUCUGGACCAGAGAGGCAUCGGGCAAGGAGGGCAGGCAGUCUCGAUCGUUGGUGGGCCUCUUGCAGCAGUCCUGUCCACACCAUUGCGUCUGGUUACCACAAAUGUGUACGGGAUGGCGGCAACGGCAGUUGGGGUGUAUUGUGCGAGUCGAUAUGCGGCUGAUGUUGGGAGCGGCAUGAGGAGGGAUGUGGUGAAAGUGUCGGUGGAGGAUCUGACUCGACGACUGGCAAAUGGGAUGCUUCAGGUGAUGGAACCUCUCGGCUCGCCAACCAUUGUUGGCUGAUCUUUGGAUAAAGCCGGGUUUGCAGCGAAAUGUUGUGACCAAACUUCAAGACUGGGUUUUGAUUGAAGCAUCUGCUUCUUCUCGUGCAUUGUGUGCGCACUUAACAUGAUUUCUUGCUGCCUCCCAUUAAAGACAUGCUUGUUUUAUCUAUCAAAAACUCUGGACUGAUAGUGAUCACUGUUCCUUAAAAGCUUGAGCUUUCAGUAGUUAGGCCAGCGAAUGUUCCUGUUA